UGCUCCUCCAAAAGAAAAUCCAACGGUAACCUCCCCCUCCUCCGUUCUCCGUCUCUCUUCCAUCGGCAUUUACGAUCGUCCCCGCGCUUUUGCUUCUUUUGGGGGGGAUCUACUCGUAGCGAAUCGCGUUCGAGGAAGAUGGUAGGAGGGAGGGAGGGAUCGCGAAUUGGGUUUGUAGGGAGAUAAGCAAAUGUGGGUCGAUGUCCAAACUGCGUGUAAUGCGGAUGGAUGCGGGAGCUGUUCGCAUUUUUUCGUUUUUCCUUUGGUUCAAGAUUGAGAAAUGAUGAGGCGGUGUGUUUGCAAAUUUGGGUUCUCUUUUUGAUCUGGUGUUUGAAGGGAAAGGGGGUUCAUUUUUUUUGUGAAGGAGCAUGAGGGACUGGGUGUGCACUGUGCUGUCUCUUAUCUGUUCUUUGACUUGAAAAUCUGUAAAAGGGGUUGUUUGGUUGGGAACAGUGAAGGGCUUGUUCUGUUUGAUUAGUUGAAAGCAGUCUUGGGUUUGUCGAUUAUGUUUUGGAACGAUGUCCCGAUGCGCCAACCGGUAGCUGUUUCUCUUUUCAGGGGUAUCUGUCGCCUGUGGUCGGAGUCGGUUGUCCCUUUAUUCUCUUGAAAUGAACGGUUUGAUCGGACUUGGGAUCUGAUCCUCAGAGAUACAUAUUCGUUGGAAGAGAGGAGGAGUAUGUCCAUAGGGGCUGGACAGAUGUUGGUGGCUUACGAUGAUCCGUCCGACCAGCAUUCUUUCUCUUUAGACGACAACAGCAGCGCCGAAGAGUCUCUUGAUGAAACGAGGCUCUCCCUGGAAAGCACUAACGAGACUGUUCCGUACAUUGGGCAGAGAUUCGACACUCAUGAUGCUGCCUAUGAGUUUUACUGUGAAUUCGCUAAACGGUGUGGCUUUUCGAUCCGUCGCCACCGUACCGAAGGAAAAGAAGGAGUUGGUAAAGGGCUCACAAGGCGGUACUUUGUUUGCCAUCGUGCUGGAAACACGCCUGUCAAAUCAACUAACGAAAGUAAACCUCAAAGAAACAGGAAAUCCUCUCGGUGUGGAUGCCAGGCAUAUAUGCGGAUAAGCAAGACAACGGAUUUAGGAGCUCCAGAAUGGCGCGUCACUGGUUUUGUAAACCAUCAUAAUCACGAACUUCUGGAACCAAACCAAGUUCGUUUCCUACCUGCUUACCGAACAAUAUCUGACACGGACAAGAGCAGGAUUCUUAUGUUUGCCAAGACAGGUAUCUCAGUCCAGCAGAUGAUGAGGCUGAUGGAACUCGAGAAGUGUGUGGAACCAGGAUACUUGCCUUUCACGGAGAAGGAUGUUAGGAACUUACUCCAAUCAUUUCGGAAAAUAGACCCUGAAGAUGAAAGUAUAGAUUUGUUAAGAAUGUGCAGAAAUAUAAAGGAAAAGGACCCUAAUUUCAGGUUCGAGUACACACUUGAUUCGAACAAAAGAUUGGAAAAUAUCGCGUGGUCGUAUGCAUCAUCCAUACAAUCAUAUGAGAUCUUUGGCGAUGCUGUCGUAUUUGACACGACACACCGGCUGACUGCAUUUGAUAUGCCGCUUGGUUUGUGGGUUGGGAUCAACAAUUAUGGCAUGCCCUGUUUCUUUGGUUGUGUACUUAUGAGGGAGGACAAUUUGAGGUCUUAUUCGUGGGCAUUAAAGGUCUUCUUGGGGUUUAUGAAUGGAAAAGCACCUCAAACAAUUCUUACUGACCAGAAUAUGUGCCUGAAAGAAGCGAUAUCUAUGGAAAUGCAAACAACUAAACAUGCACUUUGCAUCUGGAUGAUCGUGGCGAAGUUUCCCUCUUGGUUCAAUGCUAUUUUGGGAGAGCGUUAUAACGAGUGGAAGUCCGAGUUUUAUCGACUCUAUAAUGUGGAAUCAAUAGAGGAAUUCGAAAUAGGGUGGAAGGAAAUGCAAAAUUUUUUUGGACUGCACUCAAACAGGCACAUCAUUAAUCUGUUUGCCCUGAGAUCAUAUUGGGCAUUACCAUACUUGAGAAGCUACUUUUUUGCUGGAAUGACUUCCGCUGGCCAGUCAAAGUCCAUUAAUUCCUUUAUCCAACGUUUUCUGAGUUCACAAACCCGUCUUGCACAUUUUGUUGAGCAGGUGGCUGUUGCGGUCGAUUUUAAAGAUCAAGCGGGAGAGCAGCAAACAAUGCAACAAAAUCUCCAAAACAUCUCCUUGAAGACAGGAGCGCCCAUGGAAUCCCAUGCCGCUACGGUCCUCACUCCGUUUGCUUUCUCUAAGCUCCAAGAGCAACUUGUCUUGGCGGCCCACUAUGCAUCCUUCCAAAUGGAAGAUGGCUUUCUUGUGAGGCACCACACAAAACUCGAGGGAGGGCGGAGGGUUUAUUGGAUCCCUCGGGAGGGCAUCAUAAGUUGCAGUUGCCAUCUAUUCGAGUUUUCUGGAAUCCUGUGCCGGCAUGCGCUCCGAGUCCUCUCCACUGGGAAUUGUUUCCAAAUACCCGAUAAGUAUCUCCCCCUCCGAUGGCGGAAGAUCAGUACGUCUUCAUCGAAGCUCCUUCACAAUGCUCCGAGCGAUCACGCGGAAAGAAUACAGUUACUCCAGAGCAUGGUAUCGAAUCUCAUAUCGGAGUCAACCAAGUCCAAGGAGAGGCUAGACAUUGCAACCGAGCAAGUUUCCAUCCUCUUGUCGCGUAUCAGAGAGCAGCCGGUGUCUUCGCCGGUCGUAAGAGACGCUUCUUCCAUUCAUAGGAACUUUUGACAAGCCUAUUUUGAUUAUCCGGCUGUAGGCGUGUCCUCCAUGCCGUUCCUAGGCUGGGCGAAUGCAUAAGGCCGAGCAGAUUGUGGACGUCGGUGCUAAAUUCGGGGAUCGAACAUAUUGAAGUGAAAUUUUGUGGGCUGAUGACUGAGCAUGGAAGAUGUGUUUCUAUCUUAGAUAGCACCAAGAAUCCUGCAUUUACCAGGGAAGAGUUCACGAGAACAGUGAUGUAGAAUGAAAUGCUUCUUUAGAUUUUAA